AUGACGACAAUCGGAUGGCUAUUACGGACGGCUGCGGUGUUGGCGGCGCUGACGGCGCCCACCGAUGGUAAGGACUUUUGCCAACUGAAGACAUUGGACAACGUGUAUAACAUCGGGCAAUACAUAUACCUGAGCCGAUGCGGCGAAGUGUAUACGUGGGACCCGCGUAUGGACGGCGGUCAGGGAGGACUGCUCCGCGACUACUCCAUCUACGCGUUGGCCCGCAAAGAGCUGGGCAAAGAACAGAAACCUAAUGGUUUUGACAAAGACACGUUCCGAUUCACUGCCUUCUCCUUCCAAGAAGUGAAUUGUCUGGAAUCGCCCGAAACGCUGGACAGGAUUUGCGGCCGUUCUGUCGACAAGUGGAAUGGAGUGACAGUAAUUGUGGGCUACAAUAAGGCCCUCACUUUCCGUUAUAGGACUUCCUUCGAGAGCGUGGGAACCACUUUCGACAACCCUUUCGGCUUUCAAUGGAGAGAAGAUCUGACGAUUGGAGGAACAGGAAAUAGGAAUUUAUUUUGGCCCACAACUGCCGUUUUGUCCGCCGAUAUGCGGUCCACUCACACAUUGAAAGAGAUCGUCGCCUCUCUAUUCGUAGUCGCGAAUAAUCUCUUAUAUUUAGGUUUCAAUACGACGGUGAAAAAUCAAACAAUAACAAAAGGCACGUACUUUUGUGUGACAGUGACCAACUUGAAGGACGCACUACACGACAUAAACCGGUGGGAAAAUGCGGGCCCCUCUAUUGCGGGCAAACCUACUAAUGCGGUGAAGCCCGCGUGGUCAACGGCCCGUUGUUUUGUAGGCAAUUUUGCGGGAAUGUUUUACGACGAGAACAAAAACAGGUCAUAUCUCGUGGGGCAGGGAAUAACUGAAGACAAUCUCUACUUGGAUCAGGUGUUUGAAAUCACCGGCGGUGAUACCAGCAUUAUCUUAUCAGUCGUCAAUAACGACAAGAGGACUGAUAAGCCGACACACUUGAGGGCGUACUUCGGCUGCGAUCUGACUGAUGCUGAAGUGAAUGAUGCAACAAAUGCUCAGAGGCUAAGACAGGAGAAGCGAAUAGGAAGUAGAAGGAGGCGAUCGGCUUCAGUGCCGCCAGAAAACACUUGGAAGGAUUGGAUCCAACAUUACGGCCAUCUCUUCGUUGAACAAUACAAACAAGAGUUCACUCUUCACUGUCAAGACAACCACUAG